AUGGCUAUUCAACUUAUAGAGAAGCAAAACGACCCGGUGCACCCGCACGCGACCCUGUUGGCGGCGAUUAGACGAAAAGUUGCUCGUGAUUGGGUGGUGAGGAUAGUUCAUACUUAUCGUGAAGGGAAUAGAGUCGCGGACUGGCUCUCGAAGCACAGUCUCGUCUAUCCCUAUGGUAAGAAUGAACUUGACUUACCUCCGCAGGGGCUACGACAAAUUCUGGGAGACGAUGCUCGAGGGCAAUCCUUCCCCAGAGAAGUGGUGGAUUCCACCGAAACCUCUUCUGUCAUGUAA